CCGGCGGCGGCCGUUAACGGUCGGCGGGGCGGGGCGGUUGGAGGCGGGAAGAGGGGGGGGGGGGGGCGGCGGCGGCGGCGGCGAUGAUGGCGGCGGCGGCCGAGCUGGAGUCGUCGCUGGAGCUGAGCCUGCCGGGCAGCGGCAGCCUGCCCCCGGCGCGCUCCCGCAUCUUCAAGAUCAUCGUCAUCGGCGACUCCAACGUGGGCAAGACGUGCCUCACCUACCGCUUCUGCGCCGGCCGCUUCCCGCAGCGCACCGAGGCCACCAUCGGCGUGGACUUCCGGGAGCGGGCCGUCACCAUCGACGGCGAGCGCAUCAAGAUCCAGCUAUGGGAUACGGCAGGCCAGGAGCGCUUCAGAAAGAGUAUGGUGCAGCACUAUUACAGGAACGUACACGCUGUCGUGUUUGUGUAUGAUAUGACAAACAUUGCCAGUUUUCACAGUCUGCCAUCAUGGAUAGAGGAAUGCAAACAACACCUCCUUGCCAACGAUAUACCACGGAUUCUUGUUGGAAAUAAAUGUGACCUGAGAAGUGCUAUUCAGGUACCUACGGACUUGGCCCAGAAGUUUGCUGAUACUCACAGUAUGCCGUUAUUUGAAACCUCUGCCAAAAACCCCAAUGACAAUGACCAUGUGGAGGCCAUAUUUAUGACGCUGGCUCACAAGCUUAAAAGUCACAAGCCAUUAAUGCUUAGUCAACCCCCAGAUCGCGAUCAAAUACAUAUAAAGCCUGAACCAAAACCUGCCAUGACCUGUUGGUGUUAAAUCUCACUAUUUAUUAGCUAUCACCUUGUCUUGUUUGCAAAUGCUCCAAAAUUAUGAUCUUGGCACAGAUCCAGGGUUUGGUAGCAAUUAUAGGAAAUCUUUUUGGCACUUUACUGUGUUUUUUUUUUUCUGGUGUAGAUGUGCCCGUCUCAUUUUCUUGCACUUUGUAAUUGUACUUUCUGAAUUACUGAAGUUUCACUAUAAAUAUACAGGAAUGUAAACUUUCAAGUGAAGUAUUGACAAAGCAAUUCUUCUUGAGCUCUUGCUGCCUGAGAUCGUUUUUGUCACUCGUGGUAAAGUUAUAUCUAGUAAGACAGUUUACUAACACUUCUGGUUGCCACUUGCAUUGGGAUAAUGUAGGAGGAAAAGUGUUUUGGGACAGCCGGAUAGCUUGAUUUUUCAGGUCAGUGAGUGGGGAGAUUUUUAAUGUCUGAAGGAAUAUUUGAUGACUGCUAGCAAGCUGUUAAGCAAGUACCUACUUAUAUAAAAACACAAACAAGCAACAGGACUGUCAGAUAAAGUCUGGGCUUCAGUGUAAGUGCAAACUGCUGGCUUUCAUGGCAUGCCAUUCCAUUGUAAACUUUGUCCGUUUCUUCAUGGCAGUGGUAAGAGAAUCGACAAACUUGUCCCUACCUCUAGACAAUUAAUACUUAGAAGUUCAUUAAUUUUUCAUAAUUAACUUGUAAGACUAAACUAUGCAUUCCUUCAUAUGAAAAGUCCUUUAGCACAGGAUAUGGGGGAAAAUCUGGGACUAGAACUACCCACAGCCUCUCUGGCCUUACCAAAACUUCAAUAUUCAUUGAGGACUGACCUCUAAGGAUGCUGUAUUUGAGUUGUGUCCCAGUGUAAGUGAAAAAAUGGAGUGAGGUUGCCAAAAGCGUAACGGUUUUCAAAGAUACAUGUUUCAGAGGAUGCUAGUGUUGAUGUUUUUCAAAUAUCUCGAAAAAAACAACUUUUUACAAACCAACUCGAUAACAUAUUUUAAGGAUGAAAAUGCUUAGGACAGAAUGUUACUUCUCAUGCCCGUUUUGACGUACAAAGUUGUGCCUUAUUUGUUGAAAAUGUCAAGGCCACCAUAGUCUAAUGAUCUGUAUUGUUUUGUGCUAGAAUAUGUGAAGGCUUCUGUGCAAAGGAACUACCAGCUUCCGUAACUGAAGGUCGAUUUGCUUGCAUAAUGGUAAGACAGUAUCAUCCAUUUAAAGAGUAGGGAAUAUGGGCUUUACUUUAAAUACGUAUCAAUGCAAAAUAAAUUAGAUCUUGAAAUACAGAGAAAGUCUGCCGAAUCUGAUUUUUGGCUAAAACUUGCUCAUGUAAUGCCAUGGCUGUAAGUUGGGCAUCCAUGGAAAUACUAAUGUGAGUUAGUAAUCGCUCUUCUAGAACCAUCUUCGUCUGUGUUCUCGUAAUUGCAGCCAUUUCAUUCAGUUCUGUUCUGUGAAGGUCAAGAUUCACAACAAAAAUGGUGCUAGGUUGCACACAGCUACGUAAUGUGAAGUGUAAACUGUAGAAUUCAGUCUGUGACUUUGUAUGCCAUGAUCAAACAAUAUUUUCCGACUUAAUUUUCAAAGGAAUUUAAGUAAAAAUGAAGGUUUUUGAUUUGCAGUGUAAAGUGCGCAAUGCUGACUGGAAACUAAAUGUAAGGCCCAGUUUAGAAGCUGCCAUCCUAAUGAUUAUUAAAAACAAAAUACUGAAGCAAGCUAACUCUUGAACUAUUAAAGUUACUAAGUUCUAAAUUCUGUUGCAAGUGUUUUAUUGGUAAAGGGAAAAAUGCAUUGACUUUGUUUUUUUCCACACUUAGAAAUAGCAUUAAAUUCGGCCUAAUAUGAUUAGGAUGCUUAAAAAGAUUCUAAACAAAAUAUAUUAUAUUUUUUCCAUAUAAAGCUGCUACAGCUAUGACAGUAAUUUUGUUUAUGCAACACUUGUUAAAGGGAAUUUUUGUAUUCACACUGAACCUUAUAUGACUAGAAUUUGAUUUACAGUCCUUUCAGAAACAAUCAGCUUUUUAACACAAGUUUCCUUAAUAAUUUUUUUUAGAAAAGGAUUGAUCUUACAUUUAUGUGUAUAAUAUUAUAAAUAAACAUGGUUUACAGUCCUCUUGGACAAUUUAUUUUUCACUCACAUUCUUACUCAUUUCUCUCAAAAGUAUCAAUCUUAACUAUUUGUAUAGUACUAAGUAUGUCAGCAAACUGUUUUUUUUUUUCUAAUAAAAAAACAGAAUGAAGAAUUCCAAAGUCAGUCAGUCAGGCUGGGAGCUGAGGUAAGGAAAUUAUGUAGAUACAAUGUUAAUGUUAAAUUCGAUAUCAGACAUCUGCAAAUCUGUUAAGCUUUGAGUUAUUCACAACCUGUAAAUAAGGGCCCUCAUGUCAUUAAAGUUGUGUAAAAACAAUGUUUUAACUAUGUAAUCUUGUCUUCAGCACAUAGCAUGUUUUAACGGUUCUGCCAUAAAGGCAAUGUGGUCAUUGAUUCAGGAUUCAGUGUGCUUCCUGGCUUUCAGUAGUAAUGUUCUACCCACGGAAUUGAUGUCAAAAGUACUGAAUACUUUGUACACAUAUUUUCACCUUACCAAAUUGUAAAAUUGGGUUAUUUUGUAUGUGUUGGGGAGGGUAAGACACAAUCCCAGAAACCUAAUAAACUGGCUUUGCCACA